AACAUGGCUGUAGAUUGAGUGAGCGGAAUUUGUUCGCCCGACAGCAUUUCCUUUGCCAGAUAAAAUGAACGCUUUCUAAGACGGAGAUAAGAUUCAGAGAUCAUUCACGAGAAACCGGAGCGACGAAAUCCAGCGAGAUGUCGUCGAUCCACCUGGUGGUGCACCCGCUGCCGGGCACCGAGGACCAACUCAACGAAAGGCUGAAGGACGUGUCCGAGAAGAUGAACCGCUUCGGACAAGCGACGCCCGGCGCCUUGGGCAGCGUCAAAGUGGGCGUCCGCAGCUGCGUCGUCGGACCCUCGCACGUCGCCCUUCUGCUCGAGGACGGCCGGGUCUGCAGGAUCGCCUUUUCCAUCAUCACUGACCGGCUCGACCUGAGCCGCAACGAUCCCGGAAAAACCAAUAAAUCAAGCUCAAGCAGCAGUGCCAGCAGGCAAUUGACGCGGACGAGGUCGCGCAUCAUGCGGACGACGGCGCUGAGAGGCACAGGGAGGGGCACCGGUGGGGUCAUCAUGGCCAGCACCGGCAGCCGUUCUGUUGUGCCCUCGACCUACGUGCCCGAGGAGCUCGUUUCGCAGGCCCAGGUUGUUCUUCAGGGCAAAAGCAGAAAUCUCAUCAUUCGAGAAUUGCAGAGAACAAAUCUCGACGUGAAUCUGGCGGUGAACAAUUUGCUGUCGCGCGAUGAUGACGAAGGUGAAGACGGCGAAGAUGGGCAGGACUCGUACGUGCCCGAAGAUCUGAUCUCUUUGCUGGACGGUGGCAUCCACGGAGACCACUCGAGCGUCAUCAUUGACGCUGACUCGAUGUUCUCCGAGGACAUGUUCAACUACUCAACGAUGCGUGCGCGCAGUGGCGCGCCCGUUGGUCUCGGCGGUGGCCAGUCUGGCCGGCGACCCUUAGGUGAGCGUUCUGGCGGUACCGAGCGUGGUGACGCGUCCGACCGUGAUCGCGACAGUUUCUCCCGCUGGAGGGACAGACAGUAUUUUGGGCCCGGCCGUCGGUGGCUUGAGUCUGCCCUUCGAGACUCGGGCUGGGCCGACAAGGACACGACUGAAGUGAAAAAGAAAGAGUGUGUGACCCAAAGUCCACUCUGGGUGUCUGAUGAGGUUGACUACUGGCCCACUCGCGGUGGCGAAAUGCCUCACCGCUUCUCCAUGAUUGCUGCCUUGCACAGCGAGCUUGUCGCCGUCAACCAAUUCACUGGGCAGCUGCACCAGUGGCGUUGGGCUGACGCAGAGCCUUAUAGAUGUGUUGAGAACGGAAAAGAUGUUUUUCACCCCAAAGCAACCAGCUUGGCUCUGAAUAGCGAGGUCAUCACUCAAAUGUCUGCAUGCUCAACAAGGUGUACUGUGGUCACCGAAUCUGGUAGAAUCGCCAGCUGGAUGGACGAGGCGCUCGGACACAGCGUGGCCUUGAGGCUUGAGCACGCCGCCACCAAUUUCCCUGGAGAGCUGCCAGCCGACUACAAGGUCAACUCGAUCUAUGUGUGCUCGCUGUGCACAGUUGCCAGACUUGACACUGGCGCCUUUUACUGGUGGGGAGUGUUGCCUUUCCACCAGAGGAAGAAGUUGUGGGACAGGCACAGAGCCAAAAGCAAGAAGAGCAAGUCAUCUAGUUCCUCAUCCCAUUCCACAGACAUCAUUCUCGGCAGCCAGGUCUGCAUGAAGAGCUGCCCCAUGUACCAAGCUGGAGCCAUAGGCUUCACUGUGAUUGGCGGUGUGCCCAAAGUUGGCCAGCUUUUGCAUUCUGCGUGGAACUUCAACGAGGUGUGUCGCUUCAAGCUGCUGCCCCAGAGUCCGCCUCCACAGCCACCACCCUCCAGCUCGUUGUCCUCGGCUCUGGCCGGGGUAAUUCCCUCUGGCAGCGGCAGUGGUAAGACGAGUGAGUCCAUGGCUUCUCAAUUACUAGCCAUGGUUAACGCAGCCUCGGCUAAUAAUGGCCCUGCCCCUGCUGGCUCCCCAUCGCCAACCUCGAGCACUGCCUCGGUAGCCAACUCGCUGCUGCUCCUUGGCACCAAGAACAGUAAGGAGACUGCGGACCGACUUGACAUGCCCCCUCCACCAUCGCCUGCGUCGUCAACUUGUUCAGACACUGGCAGCAUUGCCAGCAACUCUCACAAGAGACACAAGAAAAUGGCACCCAAAGGUGAGGAUAGUGAAAAGAAGGACGAAGAGGAGUGGCCUCUCAAGGAUGUGAUAUUUGUUGAGGAUGUGAAGACCGUACCAGUUGGAAAAGUUUUGAAAGUUGAUGGUGAUUUUGCUGCUGUCAAGUUCCCCACAACUAGGGACAAAGAGAUCAUGAAAGAGUCUGGCACCGGCUCUGAAGACGCAGGCCUGCUUCUGCAAGAUUGCCGAUUGCUAAGAAUCGAAGAGUUGCAGGUCAUGAAACCAGGUGCAACCUCUAGGUCGCCGGACUGUUUCCAGAAAACUCCUCGAAAGAUAAACAUUCCUGACAGUAGUCAGAUCUUAGCCGUAGCUAUUGACAACCAAUGCAUCCACGGAAUUGUUCGUAUUGGCAACAAGUUCAGUUACUCGAUGUUCAACCUGAGCUCUGGCAGAGUUGAGCAGGAACAUCUGUUCCCAUCAGACUUGACUGCCUUUUUAGGUCAAGACCCAUCAAACAUCAGUCUGACUUGCACUGGUGAAGGCGACAGCGUCCUUGUGCUUCGGGACGGCAACCGCACGAUCUAUCCCUUGGCAAGAGACUCUCUUGAUGCCAUAAGGGAUCCACAUUGGCUUGACUUGCCUCCCAUCAAAUGUUUGGCUGCUGGUCUGCAUCCUCUAGCAGGAAGCGGCCCUGCAAGUGCUAGUGGAACUUCAGGCGGAUCCUCUAAGACGCAAGUUGCAGUCAUGGUGCUAGUUAUGGAAAAUCAGAUCUUGAUGUCUCGUGUGCUGCGCUGCGACAUUGAAGGUGUCACUUUGGCACUCGACUCUUUGGACCUGGAGUCCAAGUCGUCCUCGAGCACAAGCCAGGCAUCAGCUGCCUUGAUAGUUCAUGAGCGCUGCGAUGGCAACCGCAACAUUUUGCAAGCCUGCGUGGCCAUGUGUGCACCCACAUCAAACAAGGAUGACACAACCAGUGAGGGUGGUGCCUCUCUAGAGCCAAUAAAUGUCAUAACCAAUGCACUGACCUCAAGCAAGUCGGUCAGCCUCCGUGACAUGAUGCGCAGAGCCACCCGUUCUGCCACUCUGGGCGAGUACCUUCAAGAUCCAUCUGGGUCUUCCGGCGCCAACGAAGAUCCCAUUCCGACGCUCAGUUGGCCGCCAGAAAACUUCGAGACCAACAGCGGUGAUGAGGACAGUCUGAUUGGCUCGCUGAACUCACAAGCUAACAAGUCUGGACUGGCUGGAACUUCGUCAGGUUCAUCAGGAUCAAACUACAUUGUGGAUCCAACAGAGCGCCGCAACAAUGCUCACGCCAUCCUGAAAUUGCUCUGUGAACAUGCAGCCUUGACCCCUCACCUCAAAUCAUUGCUGACAUCUAAGGACGCUCAAGGCCACACCCCAUUCAUGCUGGCUGUGUCUCAGCGGGCCUAUCAAGCGGCCUUGACAAUUUUGGAUGCCGUUCAACGAGUGUCGAGAGAUGAACAGGAGAUGCUCAGCAUGGUCUACCCGUCUGGUUCGGCGCCUGACGACAAUCCUCUUCAUGUGCUGUGCUGCAACGAUACUUGCAGCUUCACAUGGACGGGCGCUGAGCACAUAAACCAGGACAUCUUCGAGUGCCGCACGUGUGGCCUGACUGGCUCUCUGUGCUGCUGUACGGAGUGUGCAAGGGUGUGCCACAAGGGCCACGACUGCAAGUUGAAGCGAACCUCGCCCACAGCCUAUUGCGACUGCUGGGAAAAGUGCAAGUGCAAAACCCUGAUUGCCGGACACGCCCCUUCAAGAAACGAACUUCUCAAUCGUCUUGUGUCCGAGUGCAGCGGUCUGGUCAGUAUGCCGAAUGGCCGCGGUGAAUCCAUCCUUCUCUUUUUGGCACAGACCGUUGGCAGGCAGCUGGUUGAGCAGCGCCAGUACAACCGCAACGCUCGCUCUCGAACCACUUCGUCAAGAAAAACGCCUUCUUCGGAUGUUGAGCCGGACAUGCCCGACCACGAUUUGGAGCCUCCAAGGUUCAGUCGUCGGGCAUUGGAACGGUUGCUUGGAGAUUGGUCAGCUGUACGCAGUAUGAUCAUGUCGGGUGUAGCGAGUGGAUCUGGAAGCAACUCUGACCCUAAUGAAGACCAGACAUACCUGGCCAGCCAGACAGGCACCACACUACUUGACAAGUUCACACACUGCCUCAUUGUGAAAUGCUGCAAUGAGAUGCUUGACUUUUUGCUCUCGACGCUUAUAAGAGAACUCAACGGCGAACAGAUGUCAGCCAAGAACAACCAAGCCACAGAAGUGGCUCGUCGCUUCGUGCGCUCAGUCGCACGCAUCUUCGUGGUCUUCAGCAUCGAGAUGGUGCCCUCAGGCGGCAAGAAGCGCGUCAACACAACAAUGUCACAGCCGCUGGCUAAGUGCAAGCGCGUUUUCAAGUGUCUGCUUCGCGUGUCUGUCGAGGAAUUGUGUGAGACUGCUGACGCCCUGAUUGCUCCAGUCCGCCUUGGUGUCGCUAAACCAACGGCCCCUUUCCAUCUGGCCACUAACCACAACGACGUCAUUCAGGGCGGUGAAGAGCUAUUCUCAGUUGAACCCAUGAUGCCACAUUCAUCGCUCGGACUGUCAACUUCAAGUCGCAGUCUAGCCAUUGCCGGAUCAGCUCCGGCAGCUGAUGUUGUUGCAUUGAUGUCUGAAGAAUUGUCUGGCGAGAUUUCCGCAGACGGGGUUGCUGGUGCAGCUGAAGAUGCUGGGGGCAUGCAGUCUGGACAAAGGGAACUUUCACCAGUCAUAGUCACCAGGAGACUAGUCGCCAGAAAUCAAGACAUGUUUGAAGACAACGAAGGAAGUGAGCAAGGAGAUUCAUCUGAACGAGCUGUUGCUGGUGAUGCUGAAGCUAGCGGUGCCGACGAGGUGGGAGGUGGUGAAGGUGAAAGUGACGCAGAGCUUGAUCUCUUGGCUGAGACCGAGUCGGACUCUGACGACAACCAAAGUCAGCACGAGCACCAGAGUUCGGGAGCGCAGGCCUCUCGUGGUGGUGGAGGCGGCCAAGGCGGCGGAAAUUCUGUCGGAGGAGCUGGAUCUCUGAUUAUGUUCAAUGAAGAGGACUCGGGUGACUCUAGCCAGCAGGACGAUGAUGACUCGGACGCUGACACGGAACCGCUGGAUGCUGAUGAACUGCAGCUUGGUGACGAACAGCUCGAGAGAAGAGGAGGCAGGACGAGCGGCACCCACGGCCAGCGGAGCAAUUUGGCACCGCAAUCAAUGCAGUGGGCCAUCAGGUCGCGCGAAUCGGCGCCCAGGUCUGCCGGAACUCGCGUAGGUAAUGCCACAACCCUCCAUAGUAGCUCUACCCGUUCCGGCGCCCGAGUAGGUGGAAGUUUAGUGUUUAUCGAUCCUGGUUCUCUGCGUCGCUCUGCCACUGCUGGAGCGGCUGUUGCUGCAGCAGCUGCUGCCAGCGUCAGCCAGGAGCCUCUCACAAUGAGCACAACUGCUAGUUGCCUGGCCAGAGCUUUCGGAAUUGUCGUUCGCCAGGUUUCUGACCUGGUAGCAAUGAUCCCUGACUACCGCAAUCAUGCACCUCAGUUGCCCAGGAUUCUUGACGUCUCUCCUCAGGACUUCACUGCUGUUCAGAAUUACUUGGAGUUCCAAUUGAAACCAACGUGGGACUGGCUUCUGACAGUUAUGGAUGCUACAGAGGCACAGCUGCGAUUUGGCGCCUCACUCACAAGCACAAGUGACCCAGCACACCCUUCACAUCCCCUUCAUGCUCCAAUCGGAGGCGCUGCCACCACCAGCAGACCAACUGUGUCGCUCAGUGGCACUAGGCCGAGGGUUGUUUUCUCUGAUGGUCGCAGGGACAGAGAAGCAUCGGACCCGAAUGCAGCUAGACGAGAGUUCCUCACUUACUGUCUUUCCCUCAUGCGGGCGCACAACAACGAGCACAGAGAUAGUCUUCCUGUCCUUGAUGUAUCUGCUCUCAAGCAUGUUGCCUACGUCUUUGACACGCUCAUUUACUUCAUGCGCGCCAGCACUGGAGAUAUUACGCAUCAAAUUAGUAGUGGACAGGGUGUCUCCUCAGCGAAUGCUGCAGAGUCCAGGGAUAGCAGCUUCAUUGCUGACGCCUGGGACAAUCAGGAUGAAAAUGAAAAUGAGGAAAAUGAUGAUGAGCUCUCUCAGCCACCAGUUGCCAUGGAAACGGAGAGCAUCGAAGAUGAAUUGCCGCCAACACCACUUCAAUCUUCACAGCAGCCCUCAUUCCUUCAAGGCUCAAAGGGCCGCAAGCACCCCUUCUUCCAACGCUCAGAGUCCACUCUGUGUUUGGGUUGUCCCCCUCCUGACCCAUUUGAGAGUCCCAUUGCCGAAGCAAUGCCACUAGCGGAGCAGCCACAGCUCCUGCAGCCUAACGCCCGCCGAGAGGAUCUCUUCGGCAUCCCUCGUCAGUCCAUCAUAGUCCCUUCAACAAGCAGUGGCAACCAAGGCACUUUUAACCCUCUAGAGAAAUUGCCCACUCGUCUUGGGCUGUCUGGUAGGCUGUCCACAGAUCCCAGCAACAAAGAUGCAGAACCCAAGGAAGAGGCCAUGGAAACGGACGGUGGUCUGGUUGAGAGGGCUCCCAUCAUUGUGUCGCCUCGCAAGUCGACUGACGAACUGAACCGCUCUCCUGUCAAAAGUGUGAUUGUUCGCGUCGGACCCACUCCUGACGUGCUUGUAGUGCCCACAGAGCCUCUCAGGACGACCGAGGCCGAGUCAGCAGGAGCCCAUGUGACCGUUGAGACUUCACCACCUGCAGAAGUGCCGCAGAGGCCUCUGCUAAGUCUCAGCCAGUCAGUUUCACACGACCUGCUGCUUGGCAGGUGGCGCCUGGCGCUGGAUCUCUUUGGCCGCGUCUUCAUGGAGGACGUCGGUCUGGAGCCGGGCUCGGUCGUUUCCGAGCUUGGCGGAUUUCCUGUCAAGGAGGCGAAGUUCCGACGCGAGAUGGAAAAGGUGCGCAACGCCCAGCAGCGCGAUUUGGUGCUCAACAAGAUGGAGCGCAACCGCGGCCAGCUGGUGCUCAUGACUUUCAAAGAGUUCAACACUCAGUUCAACAACUACAACCGACGCAGCAGUGGCACUCAACCACCCCUGGCAGUCAACAGGGUCAAGGUCACGUUCAGGGAUGAGCCUGGCGAGGGUUCUGGUGUUGCCAGAAGUUACUACACCGCCCUGGCAGAGGCUCUGCUGAGCAACGACAAACUGCCAAACCUUGAAUCUGCUCAGGUUGGCUCCAAGUACCCGCAGUACAACGUAAUGAAUCGACUUCGGCCUCGCGAGUCUGGUCGCAGAAAUGCCCUUCCCCGUUCGACGGCAAGCCCGCGGUGCCGAGAAAUGCGCCGCACUCUGUCUGGAGACGCGCGACCUUUCUACCCAUCUGGCAGCAGCAGUAGUGACGCCCAACAGCAACUUUUGGCACCUCCCGGUGGCAGCAACGACCACCUAACACCUCACCAGCAGCAAUUGGGAGAACGUCUCUACUACAAAGUGCACGCUGUGCGUCCCCAUCUGGCAAGCAAGAUCACAGGGAUGCUGCUCGAAUUGAGUCCCUCACACCUGCUGGUACUUCUUGCUUCGGAGGAAGCGCUCAGGGCCAAGGUGGAAGAAGCUGUUGACCUUGUUGCCAACUCGUCCGAUAUGGCCUCAGAGGCUCUCCUUGACUUGGACGUGUUCAGUCUGUCUGAGCGUAGCAAGCGUGGAUCUCAAAGUGGUCGCGGCGUCGAUUCGGAGGAGGCCGGAGAUGAAUCACCUGAGGACAACGCGCCGCUUUUCUACUCACCUGGCAAGCGCGGUUUUUACUCGCCCAGGCAAGGCAAGGCGGCCCCUGAGCGACUGAAUGCCUUCCGCAAUGUGGGCCGUCUGGUGGGUCUGUGCUUGCUGCAGAAUGAGCUGUGUCCGAUCUUCUUCAACCGGCACGUGAUCAAGUACAUCCUCGGCCGGCAGAUUCGCUUCCACGACCUUGCCUUCUUUGACCCUGUGAUUUACGAGAGCCUCCGGCAGCUCGUUGUUGACGCCGAGUCUAAGGACAACGGCACCUUCUUCAACUCACUUGACCUAACUUUCAGUAUCGACCUGUGCCCCGAGGAAGGUGGCGGUUCUGCUGACCUCAUUCCCACUGGCAGGGACAUUGAGGUGAAUUCUACCAACGUGUAUGACUACGUUAGGCGCUAUGCAGAGUUCAGAAUGCUAAGAGCACAAGAAAAAGCCUUGGAGGAACUGCGGACUGGCGUAUUUGAUGUUCUGCCAGCUGGCUCCCUUGACAACCUGACUGCUGAAGAUUUCCGGUUGCUGCUGAAUGGGGUUGGCGACAUCAAUGUGUCAACACUCAUCUCAUACACGAGCUUCAACGAUGAGUCCGGCGAGGACAGUGAUCGACUGGUGCGUUUUAAACGCUGGCUGUGGGCGAUCGUGGAGCGCAUGACGCACACCGAACGCCAAGACUUGGUUUACUUCUGGACUGGUUCACCAGCGCUGCCUGCGUCCGAGGAGGGCUUCCAGCCAAUGCCCAGCGUGACUAUCAGGCCGGCCGACGACACACACUUGCCCACAGCCAACACCUGCAUCUCCAGGCUUUACAUUCCCCUCUACAGCAGCAGGGCCGUGCUACGCCACAAACUGUUGCUGGCCAUCAAAACGAAAAACUUUGGCUUUGUCUGAAAGACAUAAUCGAUUCAAGCCCCCUCCUGUUUGCCGUAAAUUAAUUACUUACCAACUCCAAGCACGUAGCACGAGAACACUUGACAUUUUUCUAUUGUUUAAGUUCAUGUUUUCUCACUUUUUUCUAAAUUAUUUUCAUUAGACAAUAUACUGAUGUAAAGCAAACGCAGUGUAGAAACCUGCUUCAUUAUCUGUUAGCAAGUAAUGUUUGAUUAAAUAAAUAACAAAAUAUGAUGAUUGAAAGAAUCAGUUAUG